AAUAUGCUUAUGUUUCUACAGAGAUAUCAAUGAUUUUAUUAGGUACCAAAGGUCGCGGCGACGUGAGAAUGUGGAACGUAUGAAACGAUGAUAUUGCACAACGUUAAACGUAUUUGCCUCACAUCUUUUACAAUGCUCCGUACGACAGUCAAUCAAAGUGUUCGAAAAUUCAGUGCUAACGUAUCUCCCUUGAUAAAAUGCAAUCGACUAGAAGGAAAAGUUGCUAUUGUUACAGCAUCCACAGAGGGAAUAGGUUUUUCCAUAGCGAAACGUUUAGCGCAGGAAGGUGCCAAGGUGAUGAUUAGUAGCCGUAAGGAAGCGAACGUGAAGAGAGCUGUGGAAGAGCUUAAAUCCGAGGGUUUGCAAGUCGCCGGUACCAUCUGCCACGUAGCAAAGGCAGAGGACAGGAAAAAUCUACUUGAAAAAACCAAAUCUGAUUUUGGAGGCUUGGAUAUCUUGGUGUCUAAUGCAGCUGUUAAUCCAGUAGUCGGUCCAGUGUUGGAUCAAACUGAAAAAGUAUGGGAUAAGAUUUUUGAUAUCAAUGUCAAAUCUACAUUCUUGCUGAUGAAAGAGUCUUUGCCGCUUCUUAAAUGUGGCAAAUCACCUUCUAUUAUCAUUGUAACAUCAAUUGCUGGUUAUCAGCCCUUUAAUUUAUUGGGUGUAUAUUCGAUUAGUAAAACUACUUUACUGGGUCUGAUUAAAGCUACUGUAAAAGAUCUUUCACAUGAUGGGAUCCGUAUAAAUGGCAUCGCACCAGGAAUAAUAAAGACCAAAUUUGCAAAAGCGCUUUAUGAGUCGGAAGAAGCACACGAACUUGCCAAAGCAAAUACUAGCAUGGGAAGACUUGGAGUGCCAGAUGAAGUUGCGGGCGUAGCUGCAUUUCUAGCAAGCAAUGAUGCUGCUUACAUCACUGGUGAAACUAUAAUAGUAGCUGGUGGAACAAACGCGAGGCUUUAAAUCAUUUUACAAUAUAUAACAUACUUUUUUAUAUUAUUUUUUAUAUACUUGUAUGCAUAAAUAAUGCUGGGAAAUUUUUUAUGGUAUUGUUUGUAAAAGAUUGUAUAUAUCUGUAGGUUUUAUUAAUUUCUGGUACACUGGUUAUAUUAAUAAAUGUAAAGAAAUUGGGUAAAAAAUAUGCAAGAACUUGCACUUGUAAAAAAUGAAAAACAUUAAUGGUAAAAUACAUAUUAAUGCAGUUACAUGUCA